CUGCAGGUAUGCCAUUUCUAUCUAUAAAAUGCAAAAAUGGUUUUCUGGAGGAAAGAAGAAAAGACGGAAAAAAAGCAGCUUGUAUCACAUAGAGGGAAAUCAAAGACUAAAACAAAAAUGGCAGAGGACUUCUCACUGGAGGAAAAACGACCUGACGAAUCGGGUUCCAAAUUUUAUGUAAUAGUUCUAACUGUUUUUGCAACCAUUGGAGGACUAUUAUUCGGAUAUGAUACGGGAAUUAUUUCCGGAUCUAUGCUUCUCAUUCGGGAUGAUUUUCAAUUAACUGAAAUUUGGCAGAGUGCGAUUGUCAGUUCUACAAUUGGUGCAGCAGCCGUGUUCGCCCUCAUUGCCGGAGUCCUUGUGGACAAAAUUGGCCGAAAGAAGGUCAUCAUGCUGGCUAGCUUUGUGUUCACUAUCGGAGCAGUCGUAAUGGCCAUUUCUCCUGUUGAUAAAAAGGAAGUUCUACUUGUGGGACGGUUAAUUGUGGGUGCCGGAAUUGGGUUUGCCUCUAUGUCCGUUCCUGUUUAUGUUGCUGAGGCAGCUCCUUCUCACAUCCGUGGAUCUCUAGUCACCGUCAAUCAGCUCUUCAUUACCGUAGGAAUCCUUCUGUCUAGUAUCAUCGCCGGUGCAUUCAGCACUGACAAAGAAAAUGGGUGGAGGUACAUGUUAGGGAUCGCCGGUGUCCCCAGUGUCAUUCAGUUCUUUGGAUUCUUCUUCUUACCUGAGAGUCCCAGGUGGCUGGUGGGGAAGGGUAGAGUAGAGGAGGCCAGGAAGGCGCUACAGAAGAUCAGAGAACUGGACAAUGUCGACGUCGAGUUGUCAGAGAUCGAGAAGUCAGUGGAGGAAACUAGGGAGGAAAACAAAUAUAACAUGUUCCAGUGUUUUGUUUUAAUGUUGAAGACACAGCCUGUCAGGCGAGCUUUAGUUUUGGGAUGUCUUCUUCAAUUAUUCCAACAACUCUGCGGAAUAAACACUGUCAUUUACUACAGCGGAAGUAUUCUCCGUGUUUCCGGUUUUCCAUCAAGUCUGGCUAUCUGGUUGUCCUGUAUUCCGUUUUCGGUGAACUUCCUGUGUACCUUUAUUGGAAUCUACGCAGUAGAGAAAGCAGGAAGAAGGGUUCUAACAUUACUUAGUUUUGUAGGUAUCAUCAUCGCCCUGAUUGUACUUGGUGCUGGAUUUCAGUUGUCGGAGAAAAACUCGCCACCGGUCUCUCUACAUCUUGACAAUUCCUCAUCAUGCCAUGUUAAAUAUGACUCUUGUAAUGGAUGUAUAAAGGAUGACAAUUGUGGGUUCUGUUGGGAAGAUGGAAAGGAGGCCACCACCGGGAAGUGCCUGCACGUGUACAAGGACCACCCAGAACGGUAUGCCGUGCCCGAGGUAAAUACCACGCACUAUAACGAGUCCUUCUGUAACGCGACAAACUACGACACGGAAAAAUACGACUGGGCCAACGACUUCUGUCCCACCGACUACUCUUGGAUGGCCGUACUCGGACUAGCACUGUUCGUCAUCGCAUUCGCACCAGGUCUUGGGCCCAAUCCAUGGACCAUUAAUUCAGAGAUUUAUCCCCUCUGGGCCCGGGGGACGGGCACAUCACUAGCAACCUGUGUCAACUGGAUUGGGAACCUCAUAGUGUCAUUCACCUUCCUUAUACUGUUAAAAAAUAUAACAACGUACGGUACCUUUUACCUUUUCUGUGGAAUCUCCUUCCUGGGUCUGGUCAUCCUGUUCUUCAUCUUGCCGGAAACCAAAAAUAAGACGCUAGAGGAAGUGGAAGAACUCUUCAUGUCUAAAGAGUACAAAGAAAAACGGGAUCGAGAACACAAAGAGAAAUACGCCGUAGACAACAAUGGCUACAUGGCAGAGAACUCUAAAAUGUAGCCGAACCGGAAAUGCUUUGGACCGGAAGUUAUGUCUUUCAGAUGGCAUUAAUUUUGAGAAUAAUUAUACUUCCGAUCUUUUGACUGCUGAAUUUCACUAUUUCUUUAAUAUUAGUAUA